UGCUCUGAGGAGGAAAGACCCACCCUGUGCCGGGAAGGCAGCCAGAGCUUGAGCCAGAGCUCUGACCCUGAGGUCCAUGAGCAGCUUCACACCAGGGAGAAGCCCUUCAAGUGUUUGGAGUGUGGGAAGUGCUUCAGGCAGAGCUCCCACCUCCUUUCCCACCAGCACAUCCACACUGGAGAACGUCCUUACACAUGUGGGAAAUGUGGGAAGAACUUCAGUGACAGCUCUGCCCUGAGCAGACACCAGAAGAUCCACACUGAGAAACGGCCCUACAAGUGCUUGGAAUGUGGGAAGUGCUUCAGACAGAGCUCCAACCUCCUCACCCAUCAGCACAUCCACACUGGAGAACGUCCCUACACAUGUGGGAAAUGUGGGAAGAGCUUCAGUGACAACUCCACCCUGAGCAGACACCAGAAGAUCCACACUGAGAAACGACCCUACAAGUGCUUGGAAUGUGGGAAGAGCUUCAGCGAGAGGUCAACCCUGAGACGACACCAGCAUAUCCACACUGGAGAGCGGCCCUACAAGUGUGGAAAAUGUGAGAAGAGCUUCAGCCGCAGCUCCCACCUGAUCAUCCACCAGAUCAUCCACACCGGGGAGCGACCCUUCCAGUGCUUGGAAUGUGGGAAAAGCUUCAGUGACAGCUCCUACCUCCUCACCCAUCAGAAGAUCCACACUGGAGAACGGCCCUACAAGUGUGAGGAAUGUGGGAAGAGCUUCAUAAAGAGCUCCAAUCUCCUCAGCCACCAGCGCAUCCACACUGGGGAACAGCCCUACACGUGUGGGGAAUGUGGGAAGAGCUUCAGACAGAGUUCCCACCUGAUUCACCACCAGCAGAUCCAUACUGGGGAACGGCCCUAUCCAUGUGAAUGUGGGAAGAGCUUCAGCCGCAUUUCCAGCCUCCUCACCCACCAGCGGGUGCACAGCGGAGAGCGACCCUACACGUGCUUGGAAUGCAGGAAGAGUUUUAGCGACAGCUCCACCCUCAUCCGCCACCAGAUGAUCCACACUGGGGAACGGCCCUACAAGUGUGAGGAAUGUGGGAAGAGCUUUCAAACCAGCUCGAAUCUCCUCAAGCAUCAGCGGACACACACGGGGGAGAGGCCCUUCCACUGCAGCGACUGCGGGAAGAGCUUCAACCAGAGCUCCCACCUCGUCAGGCACCGGCGCAUCCACAGCGGGGAGAGGCCCUACAAGUGUCAUGAGUGUGAAAAGAGCUUCUCCCACAGCUCUACCUUGACCAAACACCAACGGACCACCGGUAAGGGAAGCCCUGCAAGUGCCCUGAUUGCAGGAAGAGCUUCGUCCGCUGCUCCAACUCCAUCAACCAUCAAAGGACCCACGUUGGGCACAGACCUGCUGACCCAUGUUCCAGGUGAUCCACGCUGGGCACAGACCUGGUGACCCACAUUCCAGAUGAUCCAUGCUGGGCAGUGCAUUGGGACCUCAGGGAAAACGUACUGAAGGAGGAAAAUGUCCUUGUGCAGAUGGAAUUGGGUGCAGAGAACAGCUCAGUGAGAACAGGGGAGAGGAACAGCUCUGCAGACCCCCAGGGCAGUGCAGAAGGAGGGGCAGGAGGUGCUCCAGGCACCAGGGCUGAGAUUCCCCUGCAGCCCAAGGAGGAGCCCACAGAGCAGGGGCAUGCCC